AUGCCUGAAAGUCGUAUUUUAGUUCUGCAUAUUGCUGGAAACGUGUCCUGGGCAGUAAAACAACUAAGUGAUGAAGACAUUGUUGAGCAAGUAGUCGACUCACUUCGUCGAAUUUAUCCGCUAAUAACUAAUCCCAUUAAAUGGUUGGUAACAUGUUGGGGAUCAGAUUCAUAUUCUCGUGGGUCAUACUCUAGUUUUCGCGUUGGAAAUGAGGUUGAAUUACUGAAAGAAUUAGUACGAGAGUCUCACGAUGAUCGUGUUCACUGGGCUGGUGAACUUACAAAUAAUAAUGGAUCAAUUGGAUAUGUGGAUAAUGGCUUUGUAAGUGGACAGUGCGAGGCCAUACUUAUUCACAAAAACUUGAACAAUUUACGUAAAGCAUCAUGA